AUGAGUUGUGAGGUGGCGUUCACGUGUGAGUUGGUGCGUGGUGGCAUGUGUCCCACUGUUUGUUGUGUGGAAAAUUACUGCAUUGCCCUCAAUCAAGGAGUAUUUGAGUUGUCUGGAACUGCUGGUCAUCCUUACAUCCGGAAAAUUACUAAUCAAAAUGAAGAAUCCACAAAAUCCCAAAAUCAGAAGCUGCUUGGGAAAAACCAGAUGGGCGGUGGGAAAAUCGAAGAUGCGAAAGGAUCCGUAAAGUAUAUUGAGUUGGGCUUCAGCUCAGGCGCACGCAACGCAACAGAAUGGCUGUGGAUACCAACGAAAAGAGCCCAACCACCCAAGCACGAACCUUCCACAUACUUGAGAUCCCCAUCCUCCGGAUCAUAUCUAUGA